AUGGCUAAAGAUGCUCUGGAGCUAAUUGAUCAUUUGGGUUGGUCUCAGUGUCAUGUAGUGGGUAUCUCUAUGGGUGGAAUGAUUGCCUUAGAAUUCGCUCUGUUAGCAAAUCGUAGAAUUCUUUCUCUCACUCUUAUGGCGACACAUGCUGGUGGUUUAAUUGGUCAAGCACCAUUGAUCGGCAUGUAUCAUAUUAUUCGAUCAUUUAUGAUACGCGAUGACGACGAACUUGUAAAAAAUGCUCUUGACAUGCUCUAUGGUCGAAAAACACUAAAUGAUCCUGACAAACGACAGAAUCAUUUUCAAAUAUCUUCGUAUACAUUCACUUAUCAAUAUGGUUGGCAUAUGCUUAAUAGUGUAGGAUGUCAUGUUUAUAAUCAAAUUAUUAACAAUAAUAUCUUGCAAUUAUUAAAUGAAAAUAAUAAUGAUGAAUUUAUUUAUUAUAUUUUUGAACGAUUGCGACGGUUUAUGGUUUUACCGGAAAAUAUUUUUCUUCCUCUUGAAUAUAAAUUACCCACUAUUAAGAAUUCUUAUAAUGAUUUCUAUCUUGAUAGUACGAUUUAUAAAAUGGAUAAAACUUGGAUAAAUUAUGUUCGUAUUCCAUGGUUUUGUUUUACACCAACACGUCUUAUUAUCAAACCAUUUAAAUUUAUGCGAUCAAAUCGAGUAUUUCGAUAUAUAUCCAAUGUAAGUCAAUCCAUGGCUUUGGUAGAAUUUCGUGAUGAUACGGGAUCAGCAUAUUUUUCAAAAGAACUUGUUCCAUUCUUAAAAUAUUAUCUUAAAAAUGGAUUUUGGUUUGGUAAUCGUCAUUAUAUUUAUUUACAUCAUGCACAAUCUCAAGUACGUCAAAAACAAUUUUAUUUUUAUUGUGAAGACGAAGGUAAAAUGACUCGUGAAACACUUGAAUCAUGGAUGGGUAAUUUUGAUGAUGAACGAUUACCAGCAAAGAAUACUGCUCGAAGAACACAACCAUUUUCGAGUACAGAAGCGACUAUUGAAAUUGAUAGAAAAUUAGUUGAUGUUAUUCCUGACUUAAAGACAACCGAUGGAAAAUAUAAUUUUACCGAUGGUGUUGGACAAAUCUCAUCCGACUUAAAUCACAUGAUUCAUAAAUCAAUUGGUAUUCAUGUUGAAAAGGGUGAAUAUGUUUCAAGUGUCCUUCAAAUUCGUUAUGGCGGUUGUAAGGGCACUAUUGCUAUAAAUCCACAACUGGAUGGAAAAAAGAAACAAUUGUUAAUUCGACCAAGCAACUUAUGUCUUAAUCGUGAAGUAAUCAACUUACUGUCAUAUCGUGGCAUAUCCAAUGAACAUAUUCUUGUUUUUCAACUGCGAAAUAUCUUAUGGCUUAUUGCGUCACUUUUUUCCAAUAAAUCAGCCUUGUGUGUUCUUCGUGAUAAGAUUCUUCAUGUUUUACCAUGGUUACAAAUUUCUCGUCAUUCAAAUUUAUCAAGCGAACCUUUUUUUCGUCGUCUUCUUCUUACAACAAUUACUAAUAAUCUUCAUCAAAUAGUAACAAGAGCUCAUAUCCGUGUUCCGAAAGCACGUUAUAUGUUUGGCAUCGUUGAUGAAUAUAAAGUACUUAAAGAAGGACAAGUUUUUAUUCAAAUUACUGAUGAAGAUGGACAUAAAACUAUUUUGGAAGGACCAGUUGCUAUUACAAAAAAUCCAUGUCAUCAUCCAGGAGAUUUACGUGUUUUAAGAGCUGUUAAUGAGAAGACUCUCCAUCAUUUAUAUGAUGUUUUAGUAUUUCCUCAACAAGGCUCACGACCACAUGCCAGUGAAAUAUCUGGAUCGGAUCUGGAUGGUGAUGAGUAUACUGUCAUUUGGGAUCCAACACUCGUACCUAUUUCACCUAAUCCAACUCCAUACGAGUAUGAUUCUGGACCAAGUCCAAAGCCUCUUAAUCGUAUCGUAACGCGCAAUGAUCGCUUAAAAGUUAUAUUGGAUAUUUGUGAACAAGACAAUUUAGGUCGUUUGAGUAAUAUUCAUCUUGUUCUUGUCGAUCAGCUCGGUAUUGACAGUGAAGAAGCAAUUUUAUUAGCUGCUGGAUUAAGUCAAGAAUUAGAUAGCGUAAAAUCAGGUGAACAUCCGUAUACAUCAGAUCAAAUUAAGAACAUUGUUAACACAGCUGGUACAACUAGACCUGAUUUUAUGCAAAUAUCUGAUUAUGAAGUGUAUCAAUCUCAGAAAAUACUUGGAAAAUUAUUUCGAAGUGCUCAUCAUUUAAAUGAUACAUUUAAAAAUGCAUUUUCUAAUGAUAAUAAUGACAUUAGUCUUGAUCGAAAUCUUCUUCACACAGGUUAUGAAGAAUAUAUUGAUUUUGCACAAAGUCUUUACAAACGAUAUCAAUUCGAGAUGUUAGAAAUUAUUGGAUCUUAUGGAUUUUCUAAUGAAAUUGAUCUUUUUUGUUGUAUUGAAUCACGUAACAUGAAAGCCAAUGAAAGAAGUGAUAUCCAACAAACAGCACAACAAUUAUUAAAAGCAAUUUUUCAAAAUAUUCGAAAGAGUUUUAAUAAUGAUCUUAUAACAUAUCAUAAAGUAAAAGCUAAAGCAGCUGCUUGUUAUUACGUAGCAUAUACUGAUACAAGUGGUAAAGACAAACGUAUGUUAAGUUUUCCUUGGUUAUUUGCUGCUCCACUUCUUGUCGAUUAUUCUAUUGCUUCUGAAGAUAAAGAAACCAAUGAUUUUAUGGAAUAUAUGUUCAAUUCAAAUUCAAAGUUGUACCAUUACCUAAAGAAACAAUUACCUUCUAUGAUGAAUCUACUCCCGAAUGGCAAACAAUUUACUUUUAUGAAAAUUUUGGAAAUAUGUUUUGAAAGUGCAUGUGCUACUAAUAAUGAACAAAUGAUUAAUUAUGCCGAAACACUUAUUGAAAUGUUGAUUGCAAUUUCAAAAACAUAA